UGAAUUAUUAAACAAAAUAUAAAUAUUGUAAUAUUUUUUUCUUGUUGUCUCUUUAUCUGAUUUAUUUUAUUAAAAAACACUAUUGAAAAUUCCCAUAAAAUCAUAUUAAUAUUAUAUUUGGUUAAAAAAUUAUAUAUAAUAUGUAAAAUCUAUAAUACAACAAGAAAAAAAUAAUUCAUAUUAAAAACAUUCAGAAAUUAAAUGCCAAACUAUGGGAACACUAUUGAAAAAAAAUUAAUUAAUCAGAAAUUAAUUAUUUAUUAAUUGAUUAUUCAUUCCUAUUGUAACAUGAUAUAAAAAAAUAAUUUAAUAGAUUUUAGUACUUCUUUAUCAUAUAGUUUAAUGUAAUUUAUGAAAAUACUUUUCUGAUUCUGAUAAAACAAAUUCUCUCUUGAGAUGAAAGACUUAGGUCUAAAUACUUAAACUAAGUCAAUUAAUUUUGUAAUUUUAAAUAUGUUAAACAAAUAUAAUAAAAGAAUGAUAUCUAUUAUUGUUAGUCGCAAAUUUUAUACAACUGUUACAAUUAAAUUGUAUAUUUGAAAUAAAGACUAACUAAUGUUAAAAUAUUCCGUGUAUAUAAUUACAUAUUCCAUAUAAAUAUUUGCAAUAAAGUAAAUUAUUGAAUAUAUAUAGAAUGUGAUGCGAAUUUAUCCAUCGAUUGUUACGUCAACGUAUUGUCCUUUUUAAACAUAACCUAAAAAUUAUUUCCAUAACUAGUAAAAAAAAACAAGAAGAUUGAGAAAGUGUAAAGUUUAAAACAAUGGUUUUAUGUAACAUAGAAUGUUUAGAAAGAAUUUCAAAUUACUUAGAUGUCUCACCAUUACCACUGGAAAUGCAAGAAAAUGUAAUUGUUACUAUGGAACGGGAAUCAAAUAAAAAAAUAGAAGGAUUUAGUACUAUAAUUCAAUUUCUAAUUGAAAAUUCCAAGUACCCUGAUAUACUUGGUAUUGAUAAUGAAAUGAAAGCAUUAUCACGUCAGUGGCUGGAAUAUGCAGUUGUCUGUGUCAAUUACGCUGAUACUCCCGCUAAUGCGAAAAGAAUCUUGCAGGAAUUAAAUAUUGCACUAAGGGAUAACACAUAUUUAACUGGUACAAAGAAAACUAUUGCUGAUAUUACAUUAUAUUAUGCUCUACAUUCAAUAAUGCGAGAAUUAAAUCAUCAAGAGAAAGCUCAAUAUGUACAUGUGUCUAGGUGGUUUGAUAAUAUGCAACAAGAAGAAAAAUUAAGACAACAAUUAGAUUUAAUUUCUUUUGAUUUGUUACAUUUAUUUUUAUAAAUAAAAUAAAGAUGUAGUAGUGAUUUCAUAGACAUUAUAUAUUAUUGUUAAAAUAACUAAAAGCAAAUAAUUAAAUAUAUUAAUAAUUAUUAAUUGAUAAAAACAAAA